AAUUGAUAAAUAAUUUAAUCAAUGUCAUUCGAAUUCGACCGUUUUUGAUCGCCUAUAAUAACAAUAUAUUUCUAUAACAUUCAAUUGAUAAAAGAUUCAAUUCAACAGAUUUUUUUUUCAAAAUUUCAUCUCUAUUGGUGUGUUCAAUCAUCUUCAUCAUCAUCAUAGACGUCAUUUGAAAUCGACAAGUGGAUGCUCUAUACAUAUAAAAUUUGAAAUUCAUUUGUCUAGAAGCCGGCUCCGGUUGUCAUAUUUUAUUUCACUUUCAUCCCUCUCUCUCUCUCUCAGCCAAUUAAUUCAUCAACACCAUUAAAUUAGUGAAUCAAUCAUCGAUUGUCAUUCAAUAGCAUUUCGUAUAUAAUAUUUCAUGUAAUUUUUAAUUUUACAUCUAUUUGAACCAUCUAUUUGUUCUUACAAAUAAACAAAAUAGAAAUAAAUUAUUUAUUUCUAUAAAAUUUAUAAACUUUUCUAUUACAAAACAACAAAAGCAAACAAAGAAAAUGGCCGACAAUUAUUCUGCAGUGCCCCAACAGAAUCGUGAUGUUGAAAUGACAACACCAGCUAAUAAAUCAUCUUCAAAUGAUGAAUCGGAUGGUCAACAAACAGCAACAACACCAACUACAGCAGCAAAUGAUGAUGUUAUUUGUUUAAAGCCAAAAAUGAGUCUUUUGAAUGGUAUUACUGUUAUUGUUGGUAGUAUCAUUGGUUCGGGUAUAUUUGUAUCACCAAAAGGUGUACUAGAAAAUACCGGUAGUGUUGGUUUAUCAUUACUUGUUUGGAUUAUUAGCGGUUUAUUUUCCACAAUUGGUGCAUAUUGUUAUGCUGAAUUAGGAUGUAUGAUUACAAAAACUGGCGCAGAUUAUGCAUACAUAAUGGAAUCAUUUGGACCAUUCGUUGCAUUUCUUCGUCUUUGGAUUGAAUGCAUGAUUGUUAGACCUUGUUCACAGGCAAUUGUUGCAUUGACAUUUUCAUUCUAUGUUUUACGUCCAAUAUUUCCCGAUUGCGAUCCACCAGCCGAUGCUGUCCGUUAUUUGGCCUGUAUCUGUAUUGGUCUUCUUACAUUCGUAAAUUGUUGGGAUGUUAAAUGGUCGACAAGAGUGCAGGAUUUUUUUACAUAUGGAAAAUUAUUGGCUCUUUGUACCAUUAUUAUUACUGGAGUCGUUCAAUUAUUCAAAGGAAACGUUGAAUAUUUUACAUUUAAACAAGAUCCGUUAGUCGAAAAUGUGGAUAUAUCAACAAUAGCAUUGUCAUUUUAUUCCGGUCUAUUCGCAUACAAUGGAUGGAAUUAUUUGAAUUUUGUCAUAGAAGAAUUGAAAGAUCCUCAUAAAAAUCUACCCCUGGCCAUCUUCAUAUCAUGUUCUCUUGUCACAGUUGUUUACACGAUGACCAUCAUUGCUUUUCAUUCAACAUUGAGCGUUGCCGAUGUUUUAUCUGCUGAAGCUGUUGCUGUUACGUUUGCCGAACGUUUAUAUGGAUGGAUGGCUUGGAUCGUUCCGGUUUUUGUCGCCAUGUCUACAUUUGGUGGUGUGAAUGGCAUCUUGUUUACUUCAUCGAGAUUGUUUUUUGCCGGUGCAGAACAAAAACAAAUGCCUGAAAUAUUGGCCAUGAUUCAAAUAAAUCAUUUGACACCGACACCAGCCGUCAUUGGCAUGUGUUUAUUGUCAUUGGUUUAUUUAGCAUCAAAAGAUAUCUAUGCAUUGAUUAAUUAUGUUGGUUUUGCAACAUGGUUAGCCAUCGGUUUGGGUGUAGCUUGUCUUCCAUAUCUUCGAUGGAAAAGACCGGAUUUACAUCGUCCAAUUCGUGUACAUUUAAUUUGGCCAACAAUUUAUAUAUUGGCAUCAAUAUUCAUCACCAUUGUUCCAAUGAUUGCUGAUCCAAAAGGUACCCUUACCGGAGCUCUAAUCAUUUUGACUGGUGUUCCAGUAUAUUUCAUAUUCAUUGCUUGGAAAAAUAAGCCACGAUUUUUGCAAGCACUUUUCGAUAAUUUAACCCUAUUCCUUCAAAAAUUACUUGUUGUCGUACCGUCAGAAAAGCAAGCUAAACUUUGAUUCAAUUUUCAAAUUGAUUAAUUUCAUCAAAACAAAUUGUUCAUCCUUGUUGUUCAAUACCCUAUAUAAUUGUCGUUUUCAUUUUAAAUUCACAAGGUUAACAUUUCGUUUGUUCAUUCGAUUUUUAUCAUUCUCAUUUCAUUGAAUUGACAUGUU